AUGUCGACCUCGGUUCCUGACCGAUCUCCCCUGUCUCUCAUCCACAUACUGACUUCUCUCAUCUUGCAAUUUGAUCGCAAUGUCGGCUCCCAGAUCCGGCGUGCGACCAGUCCCUCCCCCCGCCGGCCAGUUGGGCGACUGGCCAGUCUGAAGCCCCCCAGCUCUACUUCUAUCAAACGUCCAACAUCUAUUGGACGUCCUCAAGCACCUAAGCCGACAACGCAUCCGAAAACUACCAACUGUCCGAACCCAGGAUGCCCUGCCCCGCAAAUCGUCGAGGAUGGCGGAGUGAAGGUCUGCUCAGGCUGUGGUACAGUCAUUAGUGAAUCCAACAUCGUCUCCGAAGUAACAUUUGGUGAAUCAUCUUCUGGUGCUGCCGUUGUGCAGGGUUCCUUCGUCGGCGAAGAUCAAACUCACGUCCGCAGUUAUGGCCCCGGCUUCCAGCGCGGAGGUGCCAUGGAGAGUCGAGAAAUGACCGAGCAAAACGGAAAUCGUUAUAUUACCCAACUAUCUCGGGCCCUCCUCAUUCCGGAAAGUGCGACCAAGGCCGCUGGUCAAGUUUUCAAGCUUGCUGUUUCUCACAACUUUAUCCAAGGCCGUCGCACCAAAACGGUGGCGGCUGUUUGCCUAUACAUUGCUUGUCGUCGACAAAACGGAAAUACAGUCAUGCUCAUCGAUUUUGCCGAUGUGCUGAUGAUCAACGUCUUCAAGCUGGGUCGCUGUUAUAAGGCUCUUCUCGAUGAGCUCCGCCUGGGUGGCAACGUCUUUCUCAUGAACCCUAUCGACCCCGAAAGUCUGAUUUACCGUUUUGCCAAACAACUUGAGUUUGGCCCGGCUCUCAUGGCGGUGGCCGGAGAGGCAGUUCGUAUCGUGCAGCGCAUGAACCGGGAUUGGAUGACCACUGGUCGACGCCCGGCCGGUCUUUGCGGUGCAGCACUGAUCCUUGCCGCACGCAUGAACAACUUCCGCCGAACCGUGCGCGAAGUCGUCUAUAUCGUCAAAGUUACCGAAACGACUAUUAGUACACGUUUGAACGAGUUCAGCUCCACCGAGAGUGGCGAACUGACCGUGGACCAAUUCCAAGGUCGGAAAAGCAUUGUCAAGAGAGUGCCCAAGACAGCGGCCGAAAUCGAAGACGACUCCCCAACCGAAAGCGAAGCAGAAUUUGUACAACCACAUCGCGUAGAUGCCGACGGUUUCGCUAUCCCCAAUCUUCCGAUCGAUCCUGCUUUGACAGCCGGUGCUCAAGGUCGACGCGCAUCAGUAGUCGCCAAAGCCGUCAGUGAUGUCAUCGAAGAUAUGAAAAACGAACCGGCCAAAUCCAAGGGCAAGGGCAAACGACAGCACGCACCCGAGCCAUCUGCCGAGCAGGUUGCGUCUGAAGAGGCGCUCGAAGAUGAAAUGCGAUCUAUGCUGGCUCAAGAUUCAAAUAUGGUCCAGAGCGCUGGUUCCGAGCCCCAGCGGCCUGUAGUUUCUGAUAGCACUGAAAUUGAUAUCGCGGAAUUUGAAGACGACCCCGAAGUCGCCUUCUGUCUGCUCUCGCCAGCUGAGGUUGAGAUCAAAGAAUCAAUUUGGGUCACUGAGAACAAGGAGUACCUCCGUACACAGCAGGCCAAGGCCCUGAAACGGGCUCAGGAGGAGGCAAAUGGCGGACCAGCGCCUCGCAAAGCGCGCAAGCGCCGCCGUGGUCGACUCGGCGAUGUCACCUACCUGGAAGGCGAAGAGGGCGAAGAUGGUCGCAGCUCGCGCGCCUCAACACCCGCCGAAGCAACACGCCGCAUGCUCGAGCACCGCGGAUACAGCAAAAAGAUCAACUACUCUCUUCUUGACACAUUGUACGGCGGCGAAGGAGGCGACCCUAAGACAGAAAGCAUGAGUCGUAGCCAGAGCCGCAGCCAAAGCGUUGCCUCACGGCGCAGCGUCAGCAUCGAGCCAGAAGCAGCUGCCCGCUCUCGCCGCGCGACUCCAGUUAAGAAUCGACUUUCCCGUCCUCCGUCUGCUGCACCGCUCCCUACGCCACCCUCGACUGCCCCAGCUGCUACUCAGAACUCUGCCAAGUUAAACAAGGCCGAGGCUGCUCCUGAUAUGGUCGAGGCGCCGGAUCCAGAUGACGAGGAGGAGGAUGAAGAAGACGACAAUGACGAUGGUCUCGACGAUGCAUUUGCGGGUGGUUACGAAAGUGACUAUGACUAUGGGGACGACGACGAUUGA